UGAGUGAGCGCCAUGAUGUUCAUUGUAACAUCAGUACCUUUAUCUCAGCUUUGAUCACUCCGGAGCCCACAGUCCAGCCUCUUGGCAGGGGAACACAAGUUUGCAGUGCUGAGGGGAGUCUCGCUGGUUGAGCAGCACAAACCAAUUGGUACAGCCCAUGUGGAGGCAGGAAGCCUGGGAGUGAGAGGCAGGCAGUCAGUCAGUCUUGGUGGGACACUCACACAGUCCAGUCUGCGGAGCCAUGGAGAGAGUACGGUCGCUUGGACUGCGACUUUUCACAGCGCUACUCGUCUUUUACGGACUCCCCGGAGUUAACAGCAACCUGUUGGUGGUCCCUGCCAAAGUGGACGCUGUGCUGGGCAAGAACAUCACACUGAGCUGCAGGAUAGAGGCACCCCCCGACCUCAUCCUCAUCCAGAGCUCCUGGGAGCACCAGCGUCCUUCGGGCAAAGAGAUCUUGGCCGUGUUCCACACAGAGUUUGGAACGUCCAUCUCUGCGGACUACAGCAAACGCAUCUCGUUUGUUUCCCCCUCUGUCCACGAUGCCAGCAUUACCCUUGAAGGAGUCGACUUUGCGGAUAUCGGCUUGUACACCUGCAAAGUGUCAACCUUUCCUCUGGGAAAUACCCAAGCAUCCACCUACGUCAAUGUUUUAGUGGAGCCGAAGGUGUACGUCUCCGCCGGUCCUGCCGCCCUGCUGCAUGGCGAGAGUGAGUCCCUGGUGGCAACCUGUAUCGCAGAGCGCGGCCGCCCCGCCGCCGAGGUCUCCUGGGAGACUGUUGAUAUGCACGGGAGGGUGGAGAGGCAGAGCCGUGACGAGCCGGACGGCACCAUCAGCGUGCAUGUACGCUACCUGUGGCAGCCACAGAGCUACGCCCAGGGCAAGACACUGACAUGCGUCGUGCACCACCCGGCCCUGCAGACGGAGUUCCGCAUACCCUACACCCUCAAUAUUCAAUUUGCACCAAUGGUCUCAAUAACGGGAGUGGAGAAAAACUGGUAUGCCGGACAAGCUAACGUGAGGUUCAUGUGCGACGCUCAGGCCAACCCUCCUGCCCGCCAGUAUACAUGGGUCAGGUUGGAUGGAUCGAUGCCUGACGGCGUUGAGAUCAUAAGCAACAUGUUCACAUUCAUGCGCCCACUGCAGCUCAACGACUCAGGCGUGUAUCGAUGCGAAGUGACCAAUGACGUGGGCCUCCGCAGCCAGGACGUGUCCCUGUGGGUGCAAGAACCCCCGUCCACCACGGCCAGCACCAGCACCACCACAUCGCCGCACCACACCUCUGGACCCGGCACUGCGGCAGACCAGCAGAGGUCCCCGUUCACCUCCCCGACCCUGGCAUCCUUGCAAGACAGCACCCUGGGCACAAUAAUCGGUGGGGCUGUGGGCGGCCUGCUCUUCCUGGUCCUGGUCCUGAUUCUGGCCGGUGUCUGCUUCAUGCGCCAGCGCCGCACUUUCAGGGGCGACUACUACACCAAGCAGUACCUGGGACCCUCAGACAUGCAGAAGGAGUCUCAGUUGGACGUGCUGCAGCCUCACGAGCUGCAGGAGGUGUAUGGCGACAAGACGAGCAAAGGCAGCCAGGAUCUGAAACCCAAAUUGGGUGGGGACAUCAUUUACCCUGACUACGUCCUGCAGAGCAAGGAUAGGAACGACUGGGCGGACCGGGAGGGGGACUACUACCCCGAUCACUACCACGGCCAGAACAUGCACCCCUGCGGGCCUCCCGUAACGAAUAAUGGCUCGCCUUACAUCCCAGAGGACUGCUACAACAAUUGCACAGACAGUGACUACGUGUCCCACCUGGACGGGUCCGUCAUCUCACGGCGGGAGUGGUAUGUCUGACCAAGUCAUUGAGACAGAAGGACAACACUGACUGUAAACCACUUCACCUUAAGGAGGCCUACGUUGCAGAGGAGCUGCAGGCAAGCCGGGACGCUUCCGCCAUUUGAUGUUUGAUGUUUGGGCUCAGGAGGAGCAUCAGCGAACGAGACCACGCCUCGUGUUUGUGCACCUGUCUUUAAGCGCAGCUCGGAAUGUCAGGAGUCAAACCCUCGUUUGUGACGUGCUUAAACCUCUUAAGGGACAGGAAAGCUGCAUUUUUAAAGAGCCCCUCCUUAAGCGAUGGUCAGGGAAAAAAGAGGAGACUGCGGGCUUUCUUCCACGUCUACAGUCAUGCAUUAGUAUCACUACUGACAUGUGUUAGUCGUCACAGAAGCACACAACAUGGAAGGGAGCCAACUGGCUGUGGCCCUCGAGUCUUCUUUUCUUUUCACGUCUGGGGCAUCCAUUGAUCAUUAGGGUUGCUUUUUUUUUUUUCCUUCUUCGUACUUUAUUUUGCAUCAAAGCCAUGUGUUGCAGAUGUGACGCUCACAGCUGUCAUCAUUUGGGGCUUUUGCGGCGACUUAAACCGCCGCCAUUUUCAGCUCCCACUCCGCUCGUCAGGAUCCGCGUUGGUGAAUCAGGAAAAUAACACAGCGCAAAUGGGGGCUGGGGGGGGAGUGAAGGAAAAAAAAAAAAAAAAAAAAGACGAGGGCCACUUGUAGCUUACAUUGGAAACAUUGUAGGCCGCUGACAUCACUGCUGAUCACAGAACAGUUUGGCUGCACCCUGGUAAUGUGAUCCACGGCUGCAAGAAGCUGACGUGAAGAACCGUCUGUCGUUGGACGUGCCUCCCAAAAGGAUGUGUACGUUUUCUCUUCUACUAACAACAAACCCGGUGACACCAAGCGAUGACAUCAUCCCUGAUCUCACAGCCCGCCGCUUGAUUUCACCAUCUUUCCACCACUCUUCCUCAGGAAUUGAAAAUGGAUCAAAGUGCUCUUCUUGGAUCCAUUGAGGGAAAGGGAGGGAGUGGGGUGGGGGGGGUGGGGCGGACAGAAGUGUUGCUAUGCAUCCCGGACGAGACGCCUCCCGCCUCCUAUGUUUUUUUUUUCUUUCAGCUUGUGGGUGCAUCCCGUCCCCGCCCUCACUCGCCGCCCCGCCCCGCCCCGCCUGAGAAUAAACCGCUUUAAUGUCGGCUGGCCUCAGUGGCCGCACACACACAUCUGCACACAUGCGGCCCACAUACGAGGAGCGGCCCUCGCCUCAAAUAACUUUAAUUUAGCCUCUCGCACUCGGUGAUUUGCGGCACAUUUUCCCGCGCGGCCGUCUGAAUCACCAUCGCCUUCUUUCAAUGCAAAAACAUUGCGAGCUGAACCAAGUGAUGAAUGGCAACACUUUUCUUCAACCUUCCUUUUGUAUAUGAAAUGAUUCCCCAGUGUUACCAUUUUGUGUACAUAAUACCGAUAGGUUAGCUUAGUCCGUAAGUUGUACAAAUAGCUGGUGCCUUAGAUGGGCUGAUGCACAGAAACUCAUACUUCCUGCAGGCAUCCUCCAUCUGGAUAUUUAAGGUUUCAAACCGUUAAUCAGACAAAAGGUUGAUUGUCACGCCUUAUACGCUUUUUUUAAACGGACGCAUGUAACUUGCUAAGUUACAAAGCGAGCCAGAAUCGUAGAAAAUAUUGUCCUGUAAAUAAGCUGGCAUUUUUUUUGCAUUGUUAUGGAAAAAGAAUCUCUUUUUUUGUUUGUUUUGUAUGACUUGUUUAAUAUUCAGAGUGUUAGUUUACCUUGUGAGCCUUUGAGCAUUUGGUGGUUCCCGACCUAUGGAUUUUUUUGUACGGGAUGAUGGUGGUCUCACAGGAAUUGCAGAUGAAUGUGCGUCAAAUUGUAGUUUUCUUCUGUUUGCAAUAAAAGG